GAAAUAGCAGUUUUGAUGAUACAAUCAGUUGAGCAGCCCUACCAGUUGCCCUAUGACGAUCUCCCGUAAUACGAGCGUCAUCAAGAUUGUACAUCAACACCCCAACGGUUCUGUGCUCACACCGUCAUACUAAUGUCAUAGGCCACUUCCAUUUCCCAGCGUCACACCGGAAGGCAUGCGAGAUAUAAGAUGGCCGUUGCGAGGUCCACAUCCUGCCGCUCCACCAGCGCAUCGUUCCCAAGUCAUCAUCCACCAUGGACACGAUCGCCAGAAAAGUUGCCGAAAACUUCGGCGGUGAAAGCAAUCACCUCGUCCCCGAAGCCAACCAAUUCUCCCUCGACCAAGUCCCCAACCUAACCGGCAAGGUCGCCGUCGUGACCGGCGGCUCCGAAGGCAUCGGCUACGGCUGCGCGCACACGCUCCUCGCGCACGACAUCUCCAAACUCUUCCUCCUCUCGAUGAGCUCCGACGUCAAGGACCGCGGCAUUGCCGCGCUGCGCGACGACCUCGGCGAUGCCGCCAUCCAGAAGAUCGUGUGGAAGCAGUGCGACCUGGCGGACUGGACGCAGACGGGGACGACGGCGCUGGAGAUCGCGCGGGAGACGGACCGGCUGGACAUCCUCAUUAACAACGCGGGGCGCGGGGUCAUGUCGCGGCAGCUAGCGCCGACCAACGGCGUCGAGCUGACCAUGGCGACGAACCACGUCGGCCACGCCGUGCUAACGUCGCAUCUCCUCCCGCUGCUGAAGAAGACCGCGGAAGCGGGGAACGUCGUGCGCGUCGUUAACCUAUCGUCCAACGUGCACGAGUCGGCGCCGCCGGAGACGCAGUUCGCGUCGGUCGCCGAGCUGAACGAGGACUACAACCCGAACAAGCUCUACGGGCGCUCAAAGCUCGCGACGCUUCUGGACGCGAAAUACCUCGCGACGCACCUUUCCGCGACGCAUCCGCGGAUCCUUGUGAACGCGACGCACCCCGGGUUCGUGGACACGCGGCAGUCGACGGAGCAUAUCCUAGAGGCGUACCCGAUCGCGGGCCACCUGAUGAAGGAGGGGAUCGCGCCGUUCAAGAAGGACGUGUUCGAGGGGUGCGUGAGCACGAUGUUCGCGGCGACGGUGACGGAGGGGACGGGGCAGUAUAUUUGUCCGCCGGCGAUCGUGGAGAAAGGGGGGGAGAAGGCGAAUGAUUUGCAGUUAGCGGAGCGGUUGAUGAGGUUGACGAGGGAGGUGGUGGAGGAGAAGACGAGGGGGGAGAGUAGGGAGAAGGGAUGCCCUUUUAAAGAUUAUUGAGCUCGUGGGCAUCGAUGCCGCAUCGUGAUGACUGCGGCUAUCCAAUUCUCACCUUCUAGAGUCCGGGGAAAGGGCAAUGGUCACGAUCACAAAUUAAACAAAGAUGUUUCAAUUUUGAAUGACAUCUUCCAUUGAAACGCUAUCUAAUGUAUCGCCAUUCGGGAAACUCGAAACUUUUUACGUUCAUCCGGCCAUCAAGCAUGAAAAGGGCGACUACCACCAAUCCUAGACUCCUGCCGUUCCAUCCAC